AUGCUGCUUGACAACUUGGGCCUCUCAUUGCCUUCCCUCGCACAUGUCACACCCUCCUCUUUGCUCGUCUCCUUCGCGGUCCUCCUCUUAGUCACCACGGUCGCCUACGUGCUCAUCACCGAGCUCUAUCGCCAAAAAGUCCGCUUGCCAACCAUACCAGGUCCGACGGGGUACCCCAUCGUUGGAAACUUCUACCAACUCGGACACGACCCCGCAGAGACGUUGCGACAAUGGGGCAAGCAAUACGAUCACGGAGUCUUUCAAAUCAUGCUCGGGACGAUGCCGAUUGUCGUCUUCAACUCCAUGCAAGCCGCCCGAGACGUCUUCAUAGGCCAAGGCCACAGCCUGAUCGACAAGCCGGUCUUCUACACUUUCCACUCGGUCCUGUCCAGCGUUGCCAGCUCCAUCGGCACGACGCCGUGGAGUGAGAGCACCAAAAGACGUCGCAAGACCGCUAUGAGCGCUAUGAAUCGUCCCGGGGUGGCGAGCUACCUGCCCUUCAUCGACGAAAUCACAAAGUCUUUGAUUUCCGACUUGUGGGAGCGAGGCGAGGGAGGCGAGAUCGCCUUCGAUCCGAAGAACAGUAUUUCGAAGACGGUGACGGAUCUGACCAUGACAGUCAAUUACGGCGCUCGGUUGCCGCCGGAUGCAGGGCUGCUGGAGGAGAUCAUCGAUGCCGAAGACGAGUUGUCGAGGAUCAAGACUCCAUUGGGAUCAACGCAAGACUUCAUACCAAUUUUGCGACUCUUGCCUUUCAACAAGAAGAGUGUCACCGCGAGAGAGACGAAUAGACGGAGGCUGGCAUAUCUCCACCGUUUUAGUCGAGAAAUGGAGACGCGGAUGGAAAAGGGCACGGAGAGGCCCUGUAUCCAGGUAAACUGCAUCAAAGACGAUGAAGCAAAACUGGACCAGGUGGAUCUGCUAGGCAUAAGUAUGAGCAUGGUUUCGGGAGGCCUAGACACGAUGGUCAACACGAUCGCCUGGGCCGUUGGCACACUGGCUCUCCGUCCGGACAUCCAAGACAAGGCCUACAACGCCAUCGUCGAAGCGCAUGGUAGCGAAAGCUGGGGCAACACCGACGAUGAAACCGGCGUGCCUUACAUGAAUGCUUUGGUGAAGGAGUGCCUCCGUUCAUUCUCCGUCCUUCGCCUAUCCCUCCCACGCGCGGCGUUCAAGGACAUCCAGUACAAUGGCAUGCAUAUCCCCAAAGGCACGACUGUCUUCCUCAACGCUUGGGCCUGCAACAGAGACGAGAAGUUAUACGGGCCGGACGCCGACGCCUUUCGGCCCGAAAGGUUUCUAGACGACCCAGAUCUGCCACACGCCGCGUAUGGGUUCGGUACGAGAAUGUGCGCUGGCUUUCAUCUGGCGAACCGACAGCAAUACAUCUUUUUGUUGAGACUCAUCUGGGCGUUCAAGAUUGAGAAGAGUCUUGACGCGGAGGACAAGGGGUUCACAACGAUGGACCCUUUGGGGGAUUCUAUGGAGCCCUGGCAUCUUGCUGCGAUCCCGCCGAGUUUCAAGGUCAGGUUGAUUCCGCGUGAACCAGAGGCUUUGAAGAACGUGCUUUCUGGCUAG